CACCGCCGCCACCUCCGCUGCCGUCCAGGGGGAGAGGAGCAUGUCUGCAACUCGAGCCAAGAAAGUGAAGAUGGCCACCAAAUCAUGCCCCGAGUGCGACCAACAGGUUCCUGUUGCAUGUAAAUCAUGUCCCUGUGGUUACAUAUUUAUUAGCAGAAAACUUUUAAAUGCAAAACAUUCAGAGAAAUCCCCACCUUCUACAGAAAACAAGCAUGAGGCCAAGAGGAGGCGAACAGAGAGAGUUAGGAGAGAGAAGAUAAAUUCUACAGUAAAUAAAGAUUUAGAAAACAGAAAGCGGUCUCGAAGUAACAGCCAUUCAGAUCAUAUCAGACGAGGAAGAGGAAGACCAAAAAGUUCUUCUGCCAAAAAACACGAGGAAGAAAGAGAGAAACAGGAAAAAGAAAUUGACAUCUAUGCUAACCUCUCUGAUGAGAAGGCUUUCGUGUUUUCAGUCGCCUUGGCAGAAAUAAAUAGGAAAAUUAUCAAUCAAAGACUUAUUCUCUGAUACCUGUCUGCGAAAUCUGUUGAAAGUUUCUUCAGGAUUACAUCAGCAAAUUCUCAAACACUUAAGGACUCUCAGGAGCAUUCUGACUGCAUCUGUAAGGGUUACUGAUUCUUCUUCCCUCUAUCACUUAGCCAGUGCCACACUUUGGGAGCAAAGCUGUAAGCUUGGACUGUUUGGGGAUUUCCUUGUUUACCAAGGAGCACUAUCAGUGUUUUGUGUUUGGGAUACAGUAAGUGUAGUGUGUUUAUAUAUACGUGUGUGUGUGUGUGGGUGUCUGUGUGCUAUAUGCCAUACACACAGACACCACAUAAAGAAGCAUAAGGUGGUUUGUGGAAGUAUGAGACCUAGGGAAGCAAAUGUUUAAUAGUUUUCAGGUUUGCCACCAGAGAUGCAAUAUUUUAAAUACUGUCAGAAAUGGUGACUUUAAAUAUAUAUAUUUCAGAUUUCCAGCACUAAAUGGAUGCCAUAUAUACAGUUCAUUUACUUUUACAUUAUAUCGGCAAUUGAUAUUUUAUUGAAUGGGAAAUUAAGAAUAUAAACUGUAAAUUUUGUCUUAACUUGAUUUUUUUUCUGGCUUUUAUUUUUGUGACUUAUGGUGAGUUAUAUUUGAGGUUGUACUUUCUGGAACAUUUGGAAGUUUGGGUGCUAUAUGAAGAAAAACAUUUAAGAAUAUAUAAUAUUUCGGAUAUAAAAACCUGUUUUCUUGAAUGUAAUUUAUUUAUUGGUUAAAACAACUUUUGUGCUCUCAAGAUGGUGCCUGUUAACCUAAACAUAAAAUAUAUUUAUUACGUGCAAAAUGUUUCUUAGCUAGCCACUUUUAAGCGGUAAUGUUUUACCUGAAUGGAUGUUCAUUUAUACAUCCUGAUAAUUAUUUAAAUUGUUACUUAAUCUCACUCUGAAAAAAAAAUAAACCUUAAUAUUGGAACUAAGUA